ACCAUUGUCUAACAAAGACAUGUUAUCACCAAAGCUCCACUAUGGUGAAAAAUACCUGCAUGCGAUGGAAACUUCCAUUCAUCUGCUUCUUGUUUGAGAUUGCUAUGAUAGUUCUGUUUGGAGUUUUUGUACGGUAUGAUAUUGAAGCUGAUCCCCACUGGGCAGAAUACAAGGAACUUCAAGGCAUCGCCAGUGACAAUGAAAAUGAGUAUUACUAUAGGUACCCAAGUUUUCAGGAUGUCCAUGUCAUGAUCUUUGUUGGCUUCGGCUUCCUCAUGACUUUCCUGAAGCUUUAUGGCUUUGGCAGUGUCGGGUUCAACUUCUUGCUGGCAGCAUUUGGAAUACAAUGGGCUCUUCUUAUGCAGGGAUGGUUCCACUCGUUUGAAGGUGGCAAGAUUUACAUCAGCGUAACGAGCCUAAUCAAUGCUGACUUCUGUGUGGCAUCUGUAUGUAUCGCAUUUGGAGGAGUUCUGGGCAAAGUAAGCCCUGUGCAAGUGAUGUUAAUGACUCUCUUUCAAGUGACCCUCUUCGCUGUGAAUGAAUACAUUCUUCUGAAUAAGCUUCAUGUCAUUGAUGCUGGAGGUUCUAUGACAAUCCACACAUUUGGGGCAUAUUUUGGACUAACAGUUUCUUGGAUCUUAAAGCGUCCACAUCUUAGUCAAAAUAACAACAAGGAAGGAUCAGAGUAUCACUCUGAUCUGUUUGCUAUGAUCGGAACCCUAUUUCUUUGGAUGUAUUGGCCCAGCUUUAAUUCAGCUGUAUCGCAUCAUGGAGAUGCCCAGCAUAGGGCUGCCAUUAACACAUAUUGUUCUUUGGCUGCCUGUGUUUUGACAACUGUUGCUGUUUCCAGCUUGGUAAACAAAAAGGGUAAAUUAGAAAUGGUGCACAUUCAGAAUGCAACCUUGGCCGGAGGUGUAGCAGUUGGAACAGCAGCAGAAAUGGUUCUGACAACGUACGGAUCUUUGAUAGUUGGUUUCAUAUGUGGAAUAGUUUCUACUCUGGGAUAUGCAUAUCUUUCACCCCUUUUAUCAUCCAAACUUCUACUACAAGACACGUGUGGAAUCCACAAUCUGCAUGGGAUGCCAGGAAUAAUUGGAGGGAUUGUAGGAGCAGUAACGGCAGCAGCGGCUUCCCCCAGUGUUUACACAGUUGAAGGAUUGAUAGCUCUGUUUGAUUGGACAGGAGAAUAUGCAGAUAGAACUCCCAGCAUACAAGGAGGAUAUCAGGCUGCCGGUAUCUUUGUGUCCUUGGCGUUUGCCUUUGUGGGAGGUACUCUAGUCGGACUCUUCCUGAAGUUGCCAAUUUGGGGGGAGCCAGCUGAUGAGAACUGCUUUGAUGAUUCUGUGUACUGGGAGGUUCCUGGAGAAGAUACUGAUGACUUGGAAGUUGGCAAACAUUAUGUCACUCAUUCACCUGAAGUGAUUAAUAAAAACUGAUACAUUUGUUAAUCUCAUGGAGUAUCAUAUCAUCAAAUAUGUAAAUUGUGUAUUGUUUUUUCACCAACUUUUUAAUGUGGUUCUUUUGACAUUUUGUUUGUCAAAAAAUUGCUUUGUUUUAGAAAAUUGACUUGUUACUUGUCACUUCUCUUAAAUAAAUUUUAAAAAAAUC